AUGCCUGAGAUUUUAUACCAAGCAGUAGAUGAUAAUGCUCCAUUUGUUGAAUCAUACCAGUUCAAUUCAAAGCCAGUUUUCUACGAUUUUGAUAGCGAAUCUUCUUGCGACAACACUUUCGAUAGUGACUUCUCAUCAUCUGACGAGACAAGUAACUACAAUCCAUAUGAAGGAGUUGCAGAAGCAGGUGAACUUGAUUGUCAAUAUGUUAUUUCGACCCCAGAUGUUCUCUCCAAGAAAUCCAUUUACAAUAUCCCACCUCCAUUUGAAGAGGCAAAGGAAAUGUUCACAUACACUCUCGAAGACGGUUCAAAACUUAUAAUGGAAAACCCACUUCCUAACUUCUUGCCAAUGGAAGUUUUAAUAGAUGUUGUUUCUAAAGCAUCUUCAUCAUCAGACGAUCUCGAAUCUAGUGAAAAUGAUGACGAGAUUGAAGUACAAUUGAACUAA